CACGCCGCGGCCGCGAGGACCUUUUGUGAGUCGCUCCCGGCUCCGCGGCCGCGGAGGUGUGGGAACCCGGGCUUGCGCCGGAGGGGGCGGUGGGCUCACCCAUGGGCCUUUCCAAAAGCAAAGAGAAACCCAGGAAAGGUGAGGAGCAAAAGAAGGGAUCCACCUAUUCAGUUCCAAAAUCUAAGGAGAAGUUGAUGGAGAAGCAUUCCCAGGAAGCGAGGCAGGCAGACAGGGAGUCGGAGAAGCCUGUGGACAGCUUCCACCCUGGGGCCGGGACAGCCAAGCACUCGCCGCCGGCAGCUUCGCUGGAAGUGACGGGCUGAGCGACAGUGAGGAGCAGGCUGCUGACUCCCUUGCCACACCGUGAAGGAGUCCCGAAAGUGGGAUACUGAGUGAGACAAGCCAGAGGAAAGACCACUCGUAUUGCAGUUCCCUUUCCAUGGAAUGUCCAGAAAAGGCACAUUUACAGACAGAAGCAGAUGAGUGGUUGCUGGGCAGAAAUGGGGGCCGGCCAUAGCUGAGCACAAGAGGACUUUGGAGGGUGAUGGAAAUGGUUUUCGACCUGAAUCUGAACAUGGGAAGCACUGCAGUUUAGUAGUCCUGGUCCCUAAGCCCUUCCAGCCCAGGAGCCAGACCUGGGAGCAAACAAGCCGUUAGUGAUUCCAGGCUCUGGCUGGAACCUUGAGUCUUCUCAGCUUGGGGCAUGCACCUCAGGGGGAGCCAGCAUCAGUGUCCAGCCCCAAGAGCUGCCCUCUAAGUCUCAGUGAGUCUUCAGAUGCCUGCAACUGCCUGGACAACCACACGUGAUACCUGUCCUGCCAAACGUGUCCUGAACCCAUAAAAUCCAGAGAAAAGAAAAUCGUUGUUUUAAGCUGCUGAGGUUUGGGGUAAGUUACUAUGAAGCAGUAGUGAGAAGAACAGAAGGGCCAUGAUGGGGAGAAAGUUUGGCCAUAAGUUAAUCAUUGUGGCAGCUGUUAGGAUAUUGAUGUGGCUUGGCUGUGUCCUCACCCAAAUCUCAUUUUGAAUUCCCACAUGUGGGAGGAACUGGGUGGGAGGUGAUUGAAUUAUGGGGGCAGGUCUUUCCUGUGCUGUUUUCGUGAUAGUGAAUGAGUCUCACGAGAUCCGAUGGUUUUAAAAAUGGGAGUUUCCUGCAUAAGCUCUCUCUCUGCCUGCUGCCAUCCAUGUAAGAUGUGACUCGCUCCUCCCUACCUUCCACCGUGAUUGUGAGGCGUCCCCAGCCAUGUGGAACUGUAAGUCCAUUAAACCUUUUUCCUGUGUAAAUUA